UGACCACUUUUGGACGAGUGCGUGGUGGUGUACCUGGACGACAUCCUCAUCUACUCGCGCGACAUGAAGCAGCACGUCGAACACCUACGACGUGUCUUCGAAAUUCUUCGACGAGAACGAUUCUACGUCAAACUGUCCAAGAGCAAAUUCGCCCUUGAGAAGGUCCAGUUCCUAGGACACAUGGUGAGCGCUCAAGGAGUUCACGUCGACCCCAAGAAAAUCGAAGCCGUACGUACGUGGAAGACACCCGAGAACGUGAAGGAGUUACAGCAAAUCCUAGGCUUCGCUAAUUAUUACAACAGGUUCGUGCCACAGUAUGCGAAACUCGCAGCACCACUCACGAAUCUGCUGAAGAAGAACACGCCCUACAAACGGGAGCCGAAGCACCAGGAAGCCGUGGAGCAGCUGAAAAAAGCACUCACGUCUGCACCAGUACUCAUCUUGCCAGAUCCCGAACGCGACUACGUAAUCAAAGCUGACGCCAGCGACCAGGCAGUAGGAGCAGUCUUAAUGCAAGAUUAUGGGAAUGGACUGCAACCAAUCGCCUACCUGAGUAAGAAACUGCACGGGGCAGAACUCAACUACCCGAUACACGACAAAGAGGCCCUUACCAUCGUUAUCGCCUUCAAAGCGUGGAGAUGUUAUCUUGAAGGACGAAGAACAACCGUCUACACCAACCACUGCAGUCUGAAAUACUUGAAGACACAACCCAACCUUUCCAGGCGGCAGGUCCGGUGGAUCGACUUCCUCGAGACACACUUCCACUACGACAUCGUGUACAAGCCCGGCCACAAAAACAAAGCAGACGCUCUCAGCCGGCCUGCAUACAAAGGAUCAACGAAAAUCUGGGUACCCAAUUUCCCUCCUUUGCGCCAGUUACUACUCGAAGAAUACCACGACGUCCUAUAUGCCAGACACUUCGGUAGCAACAAGACGCUGAUCGGUAUCGCAAAACACUACUACUGGCCCCACUUGGCAGAGGAUGUUCAGAAGUUUGUCACCUCGUGUGAUACAUGUCAGCGGAUGAAGAGCAGCAAGCAAAAAAAGGCGGGACUAUUGCAGCCUCUUCCUGUCCCAGAACAGCCAUGGCAAGUGGUUAGCCUGGACUUCAUCACCGGGUUACCACCUACCACCAGCGGUUAUGACGCAAUCCUUGUCGUCAUCGACAAGUUCUCCAAAAUGGGACACUUCAUCCCGACACACACGACAGCACGCACCGAGGAGACAGCACAACUAUUCGUUCGAUACAUCAUCUCACAGCAUGGAAGGAACUCAUGUCUGUGCUCCGGACCAAACUCGCCAUGUCAUCCGCAUACCAUCCGCAGACAGACGGACAGAUCGAGCGCCUCAACCAGAUUGUUGAGCAACUCCUCUGAGCAGCCUGCAAGGACGAGAUCUCCAAAUGGGACUUGCACCUGCCCGUUCUGGAGUUUGCCUACAACAAUGCCACUCACGCCGCUACUGGACUGACACCGUUCUUCCUCUGCUACAGAC